UAAAUAUGCCUCGUUUUGGUUGAAGUAGACGGCUGUAAUGGCGGAGGUUUAUUGUCUCUAACUGACAAGAUAUGUUCUCUGAUUAAUUUUCCCCCAUAGCUUGAAGUGGAUACUUUUUAUGGCGCCGUAUACUGAAUUUUGUGGUCUUAAGCUCACUUAAAUCAAAGUGUUGGACGCUAUUGAAGUGGAUAAAAUGGUUGAGUUGGACAGAUUGAAAAAAUUCAUGAUAUGUACGUUCGUCAUCGCCACGGCUUCAUUUAUUGUGAUGUUUUACUACUCAGUCACUUUUUCGAAUUAUAAGGCAUUGGGAACGAAUUAUUUAAGAGGGUUAAAGAGGAACAAUCUAAGCAAAGGCAUAUAUUUACCAGACUUGAUUCCUGGCAGUUUCCAAGAGUCGUCAAACUCAACUGGAGAAACACAACUUACAAAUUCCGGGCAACCAACUUUGAGCUCGAAUGAAGUAGAGAUCCCUAAAGAGUCAGGGCAACAGAAUACACAGGAUCUAGACAAUGCUAUCAGCAGUUUUAACCAAGUAACGACUCGGCAUACGAAAACGGAAAAAGGACAAAGCACAUCAAAUACCAGCGUAGCCAUUUUCACUCCAACUAAAGAAGCCGGUAGCAAUGAAAAUUCUGAUCAGGAAUUGAGUUUAUGUCCUGAAAAAUCACCAUCUUUAGUUGGACCUUUGUAUGUAGACUCAAAAAUUCCUAAGAUAGAAGAUGUUGAAAAGGUCAUGUCAAGUGAUUUUAAUGGCUGGGUUGACCAUGGAGGUCAUUGGAAACCAACUAAAUGUAAAGCCAGGAAGAAGCUGGCCUUAAUUAUUCCAUAUCGAAAGCGCUAUGAACAGCUGAAGAUAUUUGUUAGACACAUGCACCCUAUUCUUAAACGGCAGAAUUUGGACUACAGAAUCAUGGUUGUAGAACAGGGUGGAACUACCAUUUUUAACCGUGCCAUGCUUUUUAACAUUGGCUAUAAAGAAGCUCUUAAGUUUGAUGAUUUUGAGUGUUUUAUAUUCCAUGACGUUGACUUAAUACCUGAAGAUGACCGAAAUGAUUACAGCUGUCCCACAUCACCCAGACACUUGUCAGUUGCCAUAGAUAAAUUUAAUUAUCGAUUGCCUUAUUCAACUAUUUUUGGAGGAGCUGGUGCUUUCUCCCGAGAACACUUUGAACUUGUAAAUGGAUUUUCAAACAAAUUUUGGGGAUGGGGAGGGGAAGAUGAUGAUCUCUACAACAGGAUAUCAGCCAAGCAACUGAAGUUAACUCGGCCAUCAAUGCAAGUAGGAAGAUAUAAAAUGUUGAAGAUGUUUCACACCAGUGGCAAGGCAGAUCCAGAUAGGUUUGCUAAACUAAAAGACUCUGCCCAGAGAAUGCCUACUGAUGGAAUUAAUUCUCUUCUAUAUAAAGUAGAAAAUGUAACAGAACAUCGCCUUUACACUCAGGUUACUGUAGAUGUACGAGAGGCUAUGCCACAGAAAUUACAAAAUUAACCAUCAUACAGCAAUUCAUUUGUGCAAAUCUACUAUCAGAGUUUGUAGACAUCUGAAGGUAGUCAAUCCAAAACUCUUAAAAUCUGCAUCGCUUAAAAGUUCAUUAGUCAAACCUAGUGGACGUAAACAAAUCAAAGUUUGGAUUAUUCAAUGCGGCCAGCCCUGGUAUGCAGCAUAACACCAUUGUAAAUUUUACAUGUUUUGUAGCCCUACAUGUAAAUAAGCAAAUUGGUUUAACAUUGGAAUGAUAGGUGAUUAAAAUAUUUUAUUUUUAUAUCUGCACAGCUAGUUGUGAGUAAUAUACAGUAGCCUCUGCAUAGGCCCUCAUUAUUAGGACUUCGGCACAAGUGUUUCUUCAUCUGCAGGAAAGUAUGAAGCCUGGAACAACCCUAGCAGGGGGGAGAGGUCUGUGAGGCAGAGAAACACGCAUCUUGCAACCCUAAUAAUGGGAGUGUGCUUGCAGGCAAAAUAUACAGUAAAACUACUCCUACUCCUCUGAUAUUUAUUUGCUCUUUUUUACCUCUGCCUCUUGCACUAUUUAAACCUCAUUAGCUUCCAUUUUGGUUUUUACACUGUGGUUUACAAAGAAAUUGUUAGCAGUGGAAGAAAAAUUUUGCAACUCUCUUUGACAAGUUUCUUCACCACUUUGUAUGUCAAAACAUUCUCCUUACACAGUGUGCUAACAAAGGAAACCUUUGUACACUAUGGUAUGUGCAGCUUAAUUUUAAUUAAAACGGUUAAAUUGAUUGGAAUAGACAGCAUUACCUCAUCAACACCAUGAUUGUAUACAGCUAGGUUAAAUUUUAAAAAUAGAGCAUAAAUUUGUCAUAAAAAUUAGUUUGUAUUUAACUUUUAGCAAGUAAUAUUAACUUCUGCUAAAAUCAUCAGUCUUAAUUACACAUAUAUAAUUAAGCCAUUUUGCAAGAGAGUUCAAGGCAAUUAUCAGUUGGCUUUCCAUCAGUAUAUUCAAUUCUAAAGUACAAUAAUUGCCAUUACUCUUGGUAAAUAUUCCUAUUUUCUGAACAGUAUUUGAAGAAUAACUUUCCUGAUUUUGGCUUUAUGAAGACAUAAGCCUGCCAUGUAGUGGAGUGACAUCUUAGUGGUACAGAAGUUUAAUAGAAAUGUUCUGUUAUUUAAAUAGGAGAACUUUAUAUUGUUGAAUUUUUAUAUAGUUAUUAAACUACAAAAAAUUAAGGAA